CUGAUGUUUGACGUUAAGAUUUCUUUUUGGUUAUUUUUUCAUAUUUAGUAACUAACAAGUUAAAUAUCUAUAAACAGAAAAAUGGCAAAAAAGACGUACGAUUUAUUGUUCAAAUUGUUGUUAAUAGGAGAUUCAGGUGUAGGCAAAACGUGUAUAUUAUUUAGAUUUUCUGAUGAUGCGUUUACCACAACUUUUAUAUCGACUAUAGGCAAGUCCUCCUUGGAGAUAUUUUUAUUUUUAGUUUACCUACUAUACUUUAUCUUCACGAAUGAAAAUAUCUAAUUAGGAAUUGAUAUAUGUUGAUACAGACAAAGGAAAUAAAUGCGUUAAGGUCAAGGGUAAACACUUUCAAUACCUUUUUUUGCAGGCAUAGACUUCAAAAUAAAAACGGUAGAAUUACGAGGCAAGAAAAUUAAACUCCAAAUAUGGGAUACAGCAGGUCAGGAGAGAUUUCACACAAUUACCACCUCAUAUUAUAGAGGUGCUAUGGGCAUUAUGCUUGUUUAUGAUAUUACAAAUGAAAAAAGCUUUGAAAACAUUGUUAAAUGGUUGAGGAACAUUGAUGAGCAUGCCAAUGAAGAUGUGGAGAAAAUGAUAUUGGGAAACAAAUGUGAUAUGACUGACAAGAGGACAGUUAGUAAAGAAAGGGGUGAAACGAUCGCCCGCGAGCACGGCAUCCGGUUCAUGGAAACAUCAGCGAAGGCCAACAUCAACAUCGAACGCGCCUUCACUGAGCUGGCGGAGGCCAUCUUGGACAAGACAGCGGCGGCGCAAGGUGGCAGGGGGGAGGGCGACCACGCGGACAGGGUUACAGUGGACAGGAGACAGGCGUCGCAGGGAGGCCGAUCUUGCUGCAAUUAAGACUGUAGAUUGUGGUGUGUAGAAGCGGGUGUGUUGUCAGUGUGAACUGGCAUGGCAUGUGAGCGAUUUGCUAGCCGCAUUGUCAGGUGGUAGAGAUUCACAGAAAGGGCUGUUAGGAUUUAAAUUAAUUGAUUUUUUACUCAAAAUUUGAAUUCCAAUCAGAGUGUAAUAGUUCUAUUUCUAAUUGGAACCUAAUAAAAAUCCGGGUUAAGGUUAUAUCAAAGUAGUAGUUUCUUCGUGUCCGAUGGGAAAAAUAAGGCGUAUUCUUUAAUUCACCGGUUGAGCAACCGGGUGCAACCAAUUAAUCCAUUUUACUUCUUUUAAUUUCCGUCUGAGCGACCGGUUGUACACCAAACUUGUCUAUACACUUGUCGAUAUAGUUUAUUAUAAAUUAAAGGAAGUGAAAUUGGCUAAUUGGUUGCACCGGUGGCUCAACCGGUGAAUUAAAAAAUACCCCUAAUGUCUGAUUCGUUAUUUGCAUAACCUUAUUCAAAACUGACUCUUUUUAACGAAUCGGUAUUUACAGGUGCUUACAGCUUGCAUCACCAAUUUAUUGAACAAAUUUAAAAAAUUGGCUUUUUUUCUCUGGUCAAAGGUCUUUAUGUUUUUUAGGACGUUCUCAAAAAAGGUGUUUUGGAACCCUUCUCUAAAGUUGCUAGUUUUCCUAGAUAUAAUCAAUGCAAUAUUUGAAAAAAUGUAGCGUAUUAUGUAACUUUGGACCCCGAAAAAAAAAGAAUUUUAAUGUUGUCGAACUUACUACGUAUUUUUUAAACAUCCAUUAACAAAAUCCCAAAGCAUUUUAGGAUCUAUUCUUAUUAUUGUAAACCUUUGUUUUUUAAUUGAUAACCAAGUGCGCGCCCAUAAUGUUGCAUCUCGCGCUCGCACAGAAUAUACAUUGAGCGUGCGCUUUACUGACAACUAAAAAACAACACAUUUACAAUUACAAUACCCUCUAAUUGAUAACUCAGAUGCUGGGCCAAAGGGGUAUCUGUCAUAGGUGUUACACUUUAUACUGAUUGGGUUACUGGGUGGUUCCUGACGCACUCCACUUUCCUCUGCCUCAACUGGACUCCAAAACACAUUUUUUUUAUAACAGGUCUCUCGCGAAAGAACCAUGCAGUUUCCUUGUGGAAAAUGGCUUUCAGCUAAAUUUGUUCAUCUUUCAUCAUCAUUUGUUCAUAUAGUUUUCAGCAACGCGAUCAAAAGUUCCCCCUACGGAAGCCAGAAACACCCAGAACGGGUUAUUAAUAGAUAUGGAAGGACCACAUAAAUCUUAAAAUAAUGUUAUUAGAGAAGCAAAACAUACUGUUGCUAACAUAUUUGUCACACUUAAUUUUUAAAAGUCGUGUAACCUAUUUAUCACCAGUAAAAUGGACA